AAUCAACGUCAUAUUUCUGCGUCGGUGUCAACAAGCUGUGGAUUCAAGUUGAAGCUAUAUAUUUGUCAAAUUUCGUCUAUACCUUUUCAAAGAACAAAGUUUUAACCUAUUUGGGGAUACCUUUUAAACAAAUAUUGUCAGGAUUAUCAGGAGGAAGACGUUGUUCAUAUAAGUACGACGGAUAGUCUUCUGCCUGGUGCAUCAAGAUGAGCGGUGGCUUAGCGCCCAGUAAAAGCACAGUCUACGUUUCUAAUCUUCCCUUCUCUCUGACAAAUAGUGACCUUCAUAAGCUGUUUUCAAAGUAUGGCAAAGUUGUGAAGGUUACUAUUGUCAAGGACAAAGUGACACGUAGGAGCAAAGGGGUGGCUUUUGUCCUAUUUCUUGAGAAAGAGUCUGCUCAUAAUUGUACACGAGAAGUGAACAGCAAACAGUUGUUUGGAAGGACUGUGACAGCCAGUAUAGCUGUUGAUAAUGGCCGAGCAACAGAAUUCAUCCGCAGGCGAAAUUAUACAGACAAAUCCAAAUGUUACGAGUGCGGGGACUCGGGACACUUAAGUUACGCCUGCCCAAAGAACGUGCUCGGAGAAAGGGAACCACCCAAAAAGAAGGAGAAGAAAAAGAAGAAGAAACAGGCAGAGGAACCACAGUGUGAGGAGGAGGAGGAGGAGGAGAGUGAAGAAGAAGGAGAGGACCCAGCUCUGGACAGUUUGAGUCAGGCCAUCGCCUUUCAGCAAGCCAAAAUGGAGCACGAAGAACAGCGACGGAGACAGGUGGUGGAGGAAUCCAGUCAGGCCUCGACAUCAGAGGAAGCGCGUAAACCCAGGAUCAAAAAGAGUGCCUACUUCAGUGACGAGGAGGAAUUCAGUGACUGAUGAAAAUUUGGAUGCGCUGCUCGAGAUUUUUUUUUCUUUUAGUUUGACACAUUGCAAAUAUUCAGGAUCUUCUUUUUCUGUUUUUUUUUUUUUUUUUUUAAAUCCUCUGACGAGGCGCUCGCUGAAAAAUGUUUUGAAGAGCAGCAUCAAAGACGCUCCAAAGCAUCGGGCUUUACAUUUAUGUCAAAUUGGGUGUCAUCAGCCUCUGUGGAGAAGAAACAUGGAUUAAUUCCCCCCCCCCCCCCUGUGUUGGAGCACCGCGUUUCAAACCCUAAUAAUUAGCCCUUAGGUGUCCUUUUCAUUUUAUGUAAAUAAAUCUGCCACUCUCCUAAAAACUUACCAUUAAAUGCACCUCUUUACUUUUUCUACAG